AUGGUUGAUGCUCACUCAAAGUGGCCAGAACUGAUUGGUCCCAUGAAAACCACCACCACUGAAGCAACAGCCAAUGCUAUGUGCAACAUUUUUGCAAGAUACGGCCUUCCAAAGCAAAUCCUUAGUGACAAUGGCCCACCUUUUCAGUCUGCUGAGUACGAGGAAUUCUUGAGACAAAAUGGCAUCCGGAAGAUAUUGGUUUCCACGUAUCAUCCAUCCUCAAAUGGUCUAGCUGAGCAGUUUGUGCAAACCUUCAAGCACUCUCUCGAAUCCUCAGCAUCUGAUCCAUCCUGCACACUGCAGCAGAGAAUUCAGAUCUUCCUUUUGUCUUACAGAAGCACCCAGCAUGCCACAACUGGCCCGUCCCUAGCCAUACUGUUUCUACAAAGAGAAUUGCACACGUCUCUCUCUAGUGAGACUGGACCUCGCCACUUGUGUCACCCACCAGCAAAUAAAGAUGAAGAUGCACUAUGA